AUAGAGAACGAGAGAGAGAGGUAGAGAGAGAGCGAGUUAGAGAGCAAAAAAAAAAGAGAACUUGUACAUUUUCCAUCCCCGUUGUUUGGUGACUAUGAACAGCUGUGUGGAGGAGGUGUUUGGUGGUGCGGUGGAGGUGGUGGUGGUGGAGAGUGGAGGGAGAGUGUGAGCCGCUCUCCCCUCCCCUUCCCUCGCCGCCACAGCAUCACAACAGCCCUUAGGAGGAGGAAAGGGAGGCUGUGUGGUGCUGUUUUAGUCUCCCUUCUCCAGUGUGUGUUCAAUACUUGACACUCACAGUAAGAGCAACAUGACCUCCCAGCGACGUGGGGAGGAGACGUGACCCAGGAAUGACCCGGAGGAGAGCUGACCACGUGGAGACAAAGAGGAGACCCAGAGACCAAGAGGAGACCAGGAGGAAAACACGAGAUCAAGAGGAGACAGCAAGAGAAAGGACCUAACGCGUACCUAACCCUUCACUUUCUCUUUCUUUCUCUUCACCAUGCUGAUUAUAAGCCCCCAGGUCAGCAUAGGGGUUGCCUGAGCCAGAGGAUGCUGACCCAAAUAACCAACCGAAUGCUGAGCUCAGAAAGUCCUACUCUCUGAUAAAGGUUACGAGACAACGGCUGCAUGCUGAGUUUACGAAGUCCCAAAGGCCUCGAAGUCAGCAUGAAGUCUUUAUAGCACGGUGAGUAACGCCAAAUAGUCAGCAUGAAGCCUCUUUGACGGGACUGAGCAAGAACCGAGAAGCCCAAAGGAACAAGAGGUCAGCAUGCGGAUUCUCUGACGGCACUGAGUAAGAAUCCUUUAGCCCCGAAGAAAAUUGGGUCAGCAUGAGGAGCCUUUGACGGAGCUGAAGAAGAACCCCAAAAAAGCAUAUAGUCAGCAUGCGGAUUCUUUGACGGCGCUGACUAAUAGAUUUUCUCCAACUCCCUAAGAGCACAGAGUCAGCAUGCGACCUUUUUGAGCGCGUCCAAGAAGUUUGAGGUGAGCAUGAAGAGCCUUUGACGGUGUUGAAAGUAGUGCCGGAACUCCCUACGACCCCGACCUCAGCAUGACAUCCUUCUGAGGGUGCUGGCCAGGCGUGGGUCGUCAGGAUGCUGGGUGCGGGUCCCCCAAGGGCGCGCCGGAGCCUCCUGCAGCGCUCAGACACGGCGCCGGAGGAAUGGGAGCUGGAGAGACGUCUCGAGGCGGAGUGGCGGAGAAGGACGCUAGCCAGGGCAGCCUCCGUCGACCGCCCCGCCUCCGCCGCCCCGCCCCGCACGGCCUACACGCUCCCCGCCGCCUUCCCUGGUAUCUCCGCGGCUAUGGGAGCAAGCGACUUUUUCCCCUCGAGAUCAACCGUCAGCAUCCCUGCCUCAUGCUCCGCCUCCUGCCCGCCCACCGUACCCGCCACGCCCACCCGCUCACCACGCCCAACACUCAGACCGAACAUGGGCGCCCCUCUCGCACCCCCGCCCCCUCCACCUGCCUCCACCCACGCGAACGAGCCGCUGGUGGGUGGGCUGGGCGGGCUGGGUGGCAGUAUGAUGGGCGGGCUGGGCGGGAGCAUGGUGGGCGGGGGCGGGUUCCAGUGUGAGUGCCUGGAGGACCGCCCGAUGAACAGGUGGGAGCCGGGUGUGUUUGACAUGUGGUGCAGCUCGUGUACCAAGAAGAGGCGGGAGUCCAUGUGGUCCUCCCUCGAUCUCAGCCUGCCGCCCCACCAGCUCUCCUCCAGCGCCCUGCUCCCCGACACCCCCGACACAGAGGGCAUGGGCGGGCUGGGCGGGCUGGGCGGCUUGGGCGGGAUGGAUGUGGCCGCGGAUCUGAUACGGUCGCGCCAGCCCCCGCCGCCCUCCUUCUGGGACUGUCUUGUGUCCUGCCACGACCGUCUUGGCCAGCGGCUCGCACGGAAGAGGGUGGAGCAAGGCGUGCGGCUCUACAACCAACAGAAGCACAUGGCGGCCGUGAAGAAGUGGAAGCAGGCGCUGCGACGCAUCAACAAGGACAACGACCGCUUCAUCACGCUCGGCUACCUCAGUCAGGCACACCUGGACUGGGGCAGAUACAGAGAGAUGCUGGACUUCGGGUUUCAGCAGCUGGACAUCGCCAACGAGAUGGACUCGCCGAUGCUGCGUGCCGAGGCGUACCUCACUAUCGCGCGGGCCAACGAGCGGCUCGGCAACCUGGAGAAGGCGGUGUCGUACUGCCGCCACUCGCUCUACAACCAGUGUGACCAGUCCCGCACCACAGGCUACGUGCAGCUGACCCUCGGCAACACCUACGUCACCUACUCCAGCUUCAGCAAGGCCAUCGAGCACUACGAACUGGCCCUCAAGGUCUCAAGAAGCAUCCACGACACGGCGCUCGAGCUGCAGGUGUACUGUGGGCUGGGCCACACUUUCUGCCUCCUUCAGGAUUAUGAGCGGUCCCUCUCGUUCAGCGCUAAGGCCUUCGAGCUCUCCAAAACCUUCCACAUCCUGGACCUCAACUCCCGGUACCAGCGGCUGUCCCUGGUGACGCUGGCCACGCCACUCAGGAAGCUCGGCCGACUCCCCGAGGCGCGGGACUGCUGUCAGGACGCCCUCAAGUUGGCCCUGACGGCGGGUGACAGGCCUACACACGCCCGCUGCCUCGCCAUCCUCGCCGACAUCCACCGCCAGUGUCUCGACGUCCAGCGGGCGUACAAGCGCUACGAGGCAAGCAUGCAGCUGAUGGUCCACAUGGAGGAUCGCUACGGCCAGCUCAUCGCCCACAACGGCAUGGCCAAGACGCUGGGGCUGAUGCGGCGGCAGUCCAAGAUCUGUGACUGCCGGCCGCUGGAGAUCAACAACAAAGUGAUUGACCUCGCCUCCUCUCUCGGCUGUAAGCUCAUCAUGCGGUCGGCCCACCUUCGCCUGGCUGAGCUCUAUCGCAUCCUCAACGACGAUCAGAAUGAUUCCCUUCAGGUGCGUCUUGCAGCGUGCCUGGCGGAGGAGAUGGAGCUGAUCUGUGGGGUGUGCCAGGAACGCUAUGGCGACCAGGGGGGCAACUCCCUUGAAGCGCUCCCCUGCUCCCAUAUCUUCCAUUCCAAGUGUGUGAGAGAUCUAAUGGCAUCGAGUGACCGCAAGAAGAAGAAACGUAUCUGCCCGGACUGCCGGAAAUCGCUCAAUUCCCGCCUCAUGCUUAUCUGCUACGACGAACUAAAGUCUGCCUGCAAUGACGGCCGCGUGCCCACCUUCCCCCGCUAUCACCCCUCGCCCUGCUCAGACGACCAGCCCCUCUGAUACUCAACCAUCCAGCCUCCGUCAACACUUAAGGAGGACCUCUGCUUCUGGCUAUUCUGCUGUACGUAAACCCGGCAAGAGGGGCGGCCUGGUGCCUGAGGCUGCAGUUGAAGGCCUGCCUGUGCUGGGACAGACAAGGUGGUGCCCAACACAUGUCCUGGGAAGGUUCAGAGAUCGAGCUUACAAGAAUCCUGAAAUAUUCCUCUGACAAUCAACACAGAAUAGAAUCACUGUGUCAGGUUUGGAGUGGUGGUGGCUGUGAAGGAGUUGCUGAUGCUGCCACCUUCAUCACCUCCCUUUGGGUCAUGAUGCAGACUCAAAAUGGUGAUGUGAUUACAAAGGGCAGAAGUGCACCUCAGUCUUGCCUCUGGUUCUUGUGCUCGCUGCUGAACCGCUGCUGACUUCAACGUAAGGCUGACACGAGGUUGGUCUCGUGUUGCUGCUAACAAACUGCCAGACUUCAUAGCUUAGAGCAGUCUUUGGGGAGCCAGACUGCACAGACUCUAUACAGUGUUGACAUUCUUGUUGCAUAUUCUUAAGGAGAUUAGAUGUGUAUAAAUAAAACUCUUGGACUUCCUCCUUAUCACGUGGAAAAGUUGUGCUGUAUUUUCACACAAAACUAACCUUUGGAAAACUGACCUAACACUAACACUCCAAGCAAAUACCAAGUGAUAAGAGCUGACAAAACUGUCAGAUGCUCUACUCUGUUACUGUUACGUUAUAAUUGUUCUUCUGCUGUGAGAACUGUCAAGUGGCAAUACAUAAUUGGUAAGGGCCUUGACAAUCACUAAGUGGAGCAAGAUGGUGUAUCGACUAGACGUGUGUUACCAAGAGCUUGAAUCAGUUUGUGGCUCAGCUGAUAGGAGCUGUUUGUUCUUGCUGUUUCAGCUUCAUCAGACCGGCAGUUAUGACAGCAAAAC